AUGGAUUCCGAAGAUGAAUUUUUCUCGGCCUCCUCUGGAGACGAAGAGGCACCAGCUAAAACAAAAGCAUCAAAGAAAACAGAACCAGAGCUACUCGAGGCACCCAAGCAAAAGGAAGAGAAUGUCUUUGUUGAGCUACGAAAACCAUCCACAGAUGAGUCGUCAGAAGAAGCAUCAGUUACAUUGAACGAGGUGGAAAAAGAGAGCAGCAGUAGCGAGGAAUUCGUCGUUACUGAUCUCCCGACACCGAUCACAUUGUCGGAUGAUACAAGUGAUAGCAAAUCAAGUGAAGAGAAAUCUGUGGAGGUUGAGCUAAGGAAUGAGGAAACAAAGCCUGCUGAGGAACCUGAAGAAGAAAAGGAGAACGAAUCAUCGGGAUGGGAUGCUUGGGGAGAUGAAGACACGAAAACAGUCGAAGAAUCGAUUUCUUCGGUGCAAAUUUCCGAGAACAAGAUCGAUGAGAAGAAAGAUCCGACAGAAGAAGUGGAGGAAGGAGAAGAGAAUUGGGAUUGGGGAAAUGAUGGAUGGGAGACUGAAACGAAGAAAGAAUCGACGCAGAAGAAGCCGGCAGGUUCAACGCCAGCAGGUUCGAUGAAAUUGGGCAAAGCGAAGACGAACGAGCCAGCAGGAUGGGGUGGAUUCGCCAGCGCAUUGGGUAAAACAUUUUCCUCAGCCGUGGAAAACACUUUCGGCCUGCCGAGCGCGGAAGAGUUUGCUCAAAAAGAGAGAGAAGUUGAAGAAAAUGAGACGAUCGAGGAAGGGACAAAAGAAACGCCGAAAAGAAGCGCUUUUGAGGCAUUGGCUGAAGGCUCCACUUCAUCAGCUUCUCCUUCAACCGUUCCCUCAUUUGGCCUCUUCUCCGGCCUUGUCACAGGUGGACUCGAUGCACUUGAAGCAAUCGGAAAGAAGACUUUUGAGACGUUAACGGUUAAAGACAAAAAAGGCCGAAGUCGUCUCUUCUUUGAUCAAUCAAGCGAUGAACCAUUGUCAGAUCUUCUCAAAAGAAUCAAAGACGAACAGUCUUCGCAAGAGAUACGAUCAAACAUCGUGCCGGUUGUCGACUUUUUGUCGCUCAUCGGCGCCACGACGACAAUGCAAAAUGUUGAGGCUUUAGAGCUGUUGACUUCUUCAAAAGGAAUCCCGACUAAUUCCAGAACAGUUAACGAGCUUUUAACGUCCAUUGCUCACAAAGAUGUGCCCGAUUCAUCGAUGUUUGAGGCAAAUCUUCGACGUGUUGUGAAGUCUUUAUGCUCUACAAUUGAUCCAAGUGCUACGAUAAACGUUUAUGAAGAGGCUUGCAACAAAAGUUUGGAGGCAAUGAUUCUCGAAGCUGAAGAAGCGUACAAGACUUCGGUGAAUGGACUCGUUUCGGUGGUUGAGGCGUUUGUUCAGAUCCUUUCCAAAGUCACCCAAAUGAUCUUCGCCACAUCGGGAAAAGCGAACAAGACCAAUUUUCUCGAGUUUUGUGGCCUGUUGACGGGAGCUCUCGUUCAAUUGGAAACUGUUGCUACAAAUCUCCCAUCUGGCACAUACCAGGGUGAUGAUGUCGCGACUCGUUUCCUCGCUUUCGAUCACCGUUCUUUUGGUUUGAGGCUAAUUGGUGAUGAUGUGGCAACUCGUUUCUUCGUCGAUUGCCAAUCAGCGCAAGAAUUACUCGAGAGAAUCCUCAGGCUUUCGAUCACCGUUCUUUUGCAAAUCUUUCAAAAUGCGGUUGGGAGAGUCGCGUCGACGCUGACGAGAAGGGAAUCAAGAGAUUUACAGAUCACCGCAAUCAGCGACUCUGCACUGAAACAAUUGGAGUUGAAGGACAACAAUGGGACCACUUCGCUGUAUAAGGACAAAUCAAACGUCUUCUACGUGAUUUAUCGCCCGACGAAAAAAGUGAUCAUCAAAAGUAUGCCGGAGGCUGAGGGGAAAAUCAUCGCCAAUCGACUAAAUCUUCUCUUUGCUGGACUGUACGAUGACCCAAUCCGACAAUUGCCUGACAACGAGCUGGAGCGAAUCGCUGUAUUUACUCUCAAAAAUCCGAGUUGGACUGAGAUCCAUUUGGCGGCGGCGCUCGGGCCUGACCCGAACGCUGAGCUUUCUCUUCGAAAGAGACGCUGUUGUGGUUGUGAACACGCCCACCGAGGACGGACUUUUACCGCUGCACAUUGCUUGCGAGUACAAUCAGUA